AUGGCAGAGGCAAACCUCACCUUAGUGACAGAAUUCCUCCUGAUUGCGUUCACGGAGCUCCCUGAGCGGGGGCCCCCUCUCUUUCUCUUCUUUUUAUCUGUCUACCUCCUCACCUUAAUGGGGAACUUGGGGAUGAUUGUUGUGAUCCGCGUGGACCACCGGCUGCACACCCCGAUGUACUUCUUUCUGAGCCACCUCUCUCUCACCGACAUCUGCUACUCCUCCACCACCGUUCCUCAGAUGAUGGCCGUGCUGCUGCAGCGCGGGGCAGCUCUGUCCUACACUCGCUGCGCGGCUCAGUUCUUCCUCUUCACCUUCUUUGGUUCCAUCGACUGCUACCUCCUGGCCCUCAUGGCCUAUGACCGCUACGUGGCUGUGUGCCGGCCCUUGCUGUAUGUCACCAUCAUGACCCAGAAGGCUCGUCUGGGUUUUGUGGCUGGGGCUUACGUGGCUGGUCUCUUCAGCGCGUUGGUGAGGACAGUCUCCGCCUUCACUCUCUCUUUCUGCGGGAACAAUGAGAUUGAUUUCAUUUUCUGUGACCUCCCUCCACUCUUAAAGCUCACUUGUGGGGACAGCUCCACCCAGGAAGUGGUCAUUAUCGUGUUUGCCAUUUUCGUCAUCCCCGCGUGCAUGGUGGUGAUCCUGGCGUCCUACCUGUUCAUCAUCAUGGCCAUCAUGAGGAUCCGCUCUGCGGGGGGCCGGGCCAAGACCUUCUCCACCUGCAUCUCCCACCUCACGGCAGUGUCACUCUUCUUCGGCACCCUCAUCUUCAUGUACCUCGGGGGCAACACUAGCCGGUCCUCAGAAAAGGAUCGGGUGGUGUCUGUGUUCUACACCGCAGUGAUCCCCAUGCUGAACCCCCUCAUCUACAGCCUGAGGAACAAGGAGGUGAAAGAGGCUGCAGGGAAGAUUCUCAGCAGACUGAAGCUGCCCUAA